GGGGGCGGGGUUUCUUGCUGUGGAGUGGCGCUCCCGGGGGUUGCAGCGGUGCUUUAGCCCAGCAGUGAAAUUUGGGGUCUGGGGAUGAGCCUUGGGCGGAGGUGGGGGCACGCUCUGGCGGACCCCGCCGUCCUUGCUCUUGCUCGGCCCGCUUUCCAACGCCGAAUACAAGCCCGGCGGGCAGCGUCGCGGGCGUGACGUCAUCGCGAGGCGUCGCGAGCGUCCGGAGGAAGCCGUGACCUCUCUAAGCGUGGGGAGCUCCGCUACGAUGCUGCGGCUCGUCCUCGCCGGGGGUCGGGCCUGCCUUCGGCCCAAGGGCUGCCGGGGCCUGAACGCGCUGGCAGAAGAGGCAGUGCAGCCGGCGGAGAAACCAGAAGCGGCGGCGAGCGCGGGUCCCCAGGCGCCGGUGCUGCGCAGGUGCGAGCUCCGGGUACCCGCGCACCAGCGUCCGGUGCAGGCCUGGGUCGAGUCCCUUCGUGGCUACGAGCAGGAGCGCGUGGGUCUGACCGAGCUGCACCCAGACGUUUUCUCCACGACGCCCAGGCUGGAUAUCCUGCACCAGGUUGCCAUCUGGCAGAAGAACUUCAAGAGAAUUAGCUAUGCCAAGACCAAGACCAGGGCCGAGGUGCGGGGGGGUGGCCGGAAGCCCUGGCGGCAGAAAGGCAGCGGGCGCGCCAGGCAUGGCAGCAUCCGCUCCCCGAUCUGGCGCGGAGGAGGCAUUGCCCACGGUCCCCGGGGCCCCACAAGCUACUACUACAUGCUGCCCAUGAAAGUGCGGGUCCAGGGCCUCAAAGUGGCGCUGACCGUCAAGCUGGCCCAGGAUGACCUACACAUCGUGGACUCCCUGGAGCUGCCGACCGCAGACCCCCAGUACCUGAUGGAGCUGGCCCGCUACCGCCGCUGGGGCGACUCCGUCCUCCUUGUGGACUUAGAACAUGAGAACAUGCCCGAGAACAUUGUGGCAGCCACCUCCGGGCUCAAGACCUUCAACCUGGUCCCUGCUGUUGGCCUGAAUGUGCACAGCAUGCUCAAGCACCAGACCCUGGUGCUGACCUUGCCGACCGUCGCCUUCCUGGAGGAGAAGCUACUGUGGCACGACUCGCGCUACACGCCCCUCUACCCCUUCCGCCUGCCCUACUGCGACUUCCCCUGAGCCCCCAGCCUGUGCCUCCCAGGGCCCAUGGGCCGCCCUCCUUCCUGCUCAUUCUCCACUCCGGGUGCCUGCUCUGAGCCAAGCCAAGCCUCUGGCGGGCUUGUGAGCCUCCCACUCACCCUGCGAGGGCGGCCAGACCCCCUGAUCCCAGUGGGAAGCUGAGGCCACACACAGAGCAGCUGAGCAGGCGUCACUGCUGGGGCGGGGCGGCUGACUGAGCUCCUGCCCCAAGUCUCUCUUUUGUGUAAGAUAAAUUUUACUUUUUAAUCAAAGAGGACAAACAGAACCGCUCAUUGCUGUUUUGUGAAUAAUUCCACGUGUCGAGUCAGACUCUUUCCCAGGUGCUGGGCACUGCUUGGGUACCUGGCUGCCUCAAGGCACUGUUUUUUAUAGAAAUGACCCACCAUCCACUUUCCAGGGUGAGUCAGCCUCAGGGAGCAUGCAGAGGAGAACCAGCCGUUAGUUCCUAGGAACCUGCUCAUGGCACCUCCCAGUCCCAAGCACUCUCACCAAACCUUCACAUCCCUGAUGGGGCUUGUGGUCCCAUUUAUUAUGGUCCCUCAGUCCAGGUGUGGGUCUCAUUCCACAAGUGGGUGCCAUCUGGAAACCUGAGCUUUCAUCACAGUGGUUUUCUCUAAGCACAGAGUCAAGAUCAACGUGGUCAGUAAAUUUGUAAAAAACACCAAACUAGUAUCCUGAUUCUUGAGUCUGCCAUUAUUGUGCCCCCCACCCCCCGCAAGUUAUUUUUUUGUCAAUAGUCAUAACAGACUUGUAAGUAACAUGGUCAGUUUGUUUAAAGUCAGCCGAAACUGCCAUCUGGUGUGUGGGCCCGGCCAGGCGGCCACAGUGACCCAUCCACUGGGCUGCUCCUCUUUGAAAACAUCUCUGGAAUGCCCCUCGGGAGUGCCUUCAGAGCUCACAACACAUUCUUUGAAAGUCCUCAAUGGACAUAAAUUGUGAUCCUUAAAGCUGCAGAAUAGACUGAGUGAAAAAGAAAAAGCUAUUUGGAGUCAGUAGUAAGAAGGGGUGCAGAGGCUGGGUGGGAAAUGCUGAGCUAAACCCCAACCAUCACCUACCACUCCCUGUGCCUCAGCAGUCCCGCAGGAACACCGAGGCCCCAAGUAAGACCCCUCUGUUGUCCUGACAGCGCCCAGCCUAGUCGUAGCUACGUGUAAUCUGGCUCAGUUGUCCACAUGGUAGCUGUCAGGAAACAGGGUGAAGAAGGGGGUCAGAACCUGUUGCCCCAGGACUUUCCUGGUGACGCAGUGGUUAAGAAUCCGCCUGCCAAUGCAGGGGACACGGGUUCCAUCCCUGGUCUAGGACAAUCCCACAUGCAAGAUCCCACAUGAGCAAUUAAGCCCACGCGCCUAGAGCCAGUUCUCCACCAGAGAAGGCACCACAAUGAGAGGCCCAUGAACUGCAGCAAAGAGUAGCCCUCACUCCCUGCAAAAAAGACCUAAUUCAGCUAAAAAUAGAUGCAUAAAUUAACUUUUUUUUUUCUUAAGUUAAAAAAAAUAAAAACUGUUGCCCCACACUGGAAUCCCUUGGCCAGAUCAAGGAUGGAAAAAGGCAUGAGGAAAAAUGAUCCAGGGUUUCCCUGGUGGCUCGGUGGUUAAGAAUCCGCCUGCCAAUGCAGGGGACAUGGGUUCCAUCCCUGGGUUGGGAAGACCGCACAUGCCACGGAGCGACUAAGCCUGUGUGCCACAACUACUGAGCCUGUGCUCUAGAGCCUGCGAGCCGCAACUACUGAGGUCCGAGAGUCUAGAGCCUGUGCUCCGCAACAAGAGAAGCCACCACCACAAGAAGCCUGGGCACCACAACGAAGAGCAGCCCCUGCUUACCGCAACUAGAGAAAGCCUGUGCACAGCAAUGAAGACCCAACACAGCCAAAAUAAAUAAAUAAUAAAUCUGUAAAAAGUGAACUAAUUUAAAAAUUAAAAAAAAAAAAAACUCGAAAAAAAAAAGAUCCAGGGUCUAGAAUGUGCUUUCUAAUAAUAAGCAGGGCAUAGUGUGUGUAUUAGUUUCCUAGGCUGCCUUAGCAAAAUACCAUAGACUAGGAUUUCAACUAUAGAAACGUACUGUUGCAUGGUUCUUAAAACCAGAAGUCCAAGAUCGAGAUGCUGGCAGGGUUGAUUCCUUCUGAGGCUGUGAGGCAGGCUCUGUCCCAUCCCUCUCUCCAAGGUUUGCUGGCAUCCUUGGCAUUUUUCAGCCUGAUACAUCCCCCUGAUUUCUUCAGAUAGCAUUCUCCCCGUGUGUGUGUGUGCGUCUCUGUUCAAAUUUCCGCUCUUUAUAAGAGCACCAGUCAUGCUGGGUUAGGGCAUACCCCAAUGACUGCAUCUGAACUUGAUCAUCUGCAAAGACCCUAUUUCUAAAUAAGAUCACAAUCGAGGGGUUAGCACUUUUUUGCCCCUGGAGAAGAGAAGUAGUUGAACCCAUGACAUGGUGUAAGGGGAAGUAUGGAACAAGA